ACCAUAAGACUGCUUGGGGGUUAUGUUGGAACCUCUGUGACCUUUUAGGAAGCAAUAGGCUUAUGGAUGGUACAGAUUAACAGCUCUGAGGGCUCACGACAGGCCUAGCAAGCCGGUGAGCUGCUAUAAAUUGCUCAUGAACCGCACGACUUACUUCAGGACAGACCCAUUGAUCAAAGGAUGCCCGGGCACAUCCUGGCUCGGAAUGUUAUUGGACAUGGACAGGGAAAUAAAUCUUUGAGAUUAGGAACAAUUAAUCUAAGUACAUUGAGAGGUAAGGAGGAGGAGGUAAUCAUGAUGAUGGAGGAAAGAAAAAUAGACAUUUUGGGGUUGUGUGAAACCCGUUUACCAGGAGAAGGAACAAAAUUAUUGCAUAACAAUUACCAAUUAUUUUACAAAGGUGGAAGAACCGCACGACACGGAGUAGGUUUUAUUGUGAGUGAAGAGCUAGCUGGAAAAAUUAGUCAUCUAGAAUUCAAAUGUGAUAGGAUUAUUAGCAUUUCCUUAAAGUUAGGAACAUUUCAAGCCAGCAUAAUUCAGGUGUAUGCACCACAGCAGGGCCGCCCUCAAGAAGAAAAGGAAGAAUUCUACAGACAUCUACAAGAAGUAAAAGAUUCUGUCCCAUAUGUAGAGAAUACAUUAAUAAUUGGAGAUAUGAAUGGACAUAUUGGGCAAGACAGGACAGGCAUAGAGAGCAUAUUAGGAGCAAUUUAGCAUUGGAGACAGAAAUAGAGAAGGAGAAAACAUAAUUGAUUUUUGCAUACUAAACCAGAUGUCCAUUAUGAACUCUUUCUAUAAUCAUAGAGACAGCCACAAGUGGACGUGGUACCGAUGGAACUCGGCUUUAGGAGCAUAUACUGAAAAAUCAAUGAUUGAUAUGGCAAUAACAAAUAACAAAAAUAUGGUCAGAGAUGUAAAAAGCAUCCCCUCUGUGUCAUUCGAUUCAGAAUGCUGGGUGAAUGGCAAAACGGUUUUCGACCAGGAAGAGGGACAACUGAUAUGAUUUUCUCCCUCAAGAUGAUAUUUGAGAAGAGCUGGGAAUGGGACAGGGAUAGAUAUAUUGCUUUUAUAGAUCUAGAAAAGGCUUUUGAUAGAGUACCAAGAAUGAAAAUAUGGGAUGCCCUAAAAGACCCUUACUAUGGAAUCCCUGAGAAACUUAUAAGAGCAAUUUAUAACACCUAUCAAAACAUCAGAUCUAGAGUAAAAACAAAUCAAGAGAAUGAAGACUGGUUUGAAAUAAAAUCAGGAGUAAGACAGGGCAGCGUCCUUUCGCCACUUCUUUUUAUAUUGUUCUUAGAUAAAUGUAUGAGGGAACUAGGUGAGGAUGAAGCUGCAGAUAUGACCAUCAACCUUAUGUAUGCAGAUGACCAUGCAAUGAUAGCCUCCAGCGCAGAAUCUCUCCAAGAAAACGUCAACAACUGGAACGCGAUCUUAACAGCUAAUGGAAUGCGGAUCAACAAGAUUAAGACAGAGAUCAUGCACCUAUCACGAACACCAAGUAACGUAGAUGUAGAAUUAGAAGGUCAGACAUUGAAACAGUGUAGAAAUUUCAAAUACUUAGGAGUAGAGUUUAGUGACCAAAACGAUUCAAAACUGGAAAUAACUACCCGAAUACAGAAAUUCAGUAACAAUCUGUAUCUGCUCUACCCACUAAUGAAAGACAGAAAUAUACCUCGCAAAGUGAAAACCAUAAUAUACCUCUCUAUUUUAAGACCAAUAUUGACUUAUGGCCAUGAAUCAUGGACAUUAACAUCAAGAACUAGAAGCCAACUUCAAGCAGCUGAAAUGCCCUAAGACUCAUAAAAGGUGUAACAAGACUAGAUAGGCUACGAAAUGAAGACAUUAGAAGAGAACUGGGAGUGGAGGGGAUACUAGAUUUUGUGGAGAGAGGACAGCUUAGAUGGUUUGGACACACCAAAAGAAUGGAGGAGGAGCGAUAUCCUAUAAGGUUUUUGGAAUGGACACCGGAAGGAAGGAGACCGGUAGGAAGACCAAAAAUCAGAUGGCUACAAAACAUAGAGAGAGGAGUGGCUCUAGUUUGCGGGAAGUUGAUGAGAUGAGGCUCUAUGAUGAUCGCCAAGAAUGGAGACUGUUCCUGAAGCAGGACGACUGACAGGCCUGGAGGCCUACCUGGCGUCUGGUGAGAAAGAAAGGAAGUGUAUCAAUGAGGAAAUAAACUUAGGUCGAAGGAGGGUUCAUGAAAAGAAUAAUGGUAAUUUUUAAAAUGUGAAAACUGCCAUUGUAAACAUCUCGGUUUCUUCGUAGAAUGUAGAAUAAGCUCGAUUACUUACAAUUAUAAAAAUUUUAAAGCUGAUUAUUUAUGAUUUAAAAAGUGUAAAGAUGGGAAGUCGUGAAAAGUAUGGCGAAAAAGAAAUUUAAGGAAAAUACUUGAAUGUGUUCAGAAGGAAGGGACUUUUGAGUAAAACUGUUAUUGAAAGUAAUGUUUCAAAACUUAUGGCUUUCCUCGAAUGAUGGACAUACGUAGUUUCCGGGAUUUUUUUAUGACUGAGAUAUUGCAACUUUGCUUGAAUUUCUGCGUAGAAAAAAAAUGUCUUGCAGUAUGAUACACACUCGCAGAAAAUGUUUGUAUUUACAGUGAGCUGGAAUGGCUGAUUGUAGACGAAGAACGUGAGAGAUGCUAAAGAAUAUCUAGAGUUAUUCGAUUAUAUGCAUAUGAAUAUAAUGGGUUUGCUAAGUUUCGGCAUAGCCCAUUUGGCGCUGCCGUUUCGGCUUGGCCGAUUCGGCGUUAGAAAACUAAUAGCACUAUUCGGCGUAGCCGUUUAGGCGUCAGAUUGUUUCGACGUCUUUGUUCGAUAAAUUUUUCUAGAAAUGCAACACGUCCUUUCUGAACUUUACUCAGAAAAAUAAAACAGUAAAAAAUUUUAUAUUAUUAAAAGACUAGUGGAAUAAUGUAAAUAAAAAACUUGAAUUGGGAAAAAAUAUAAAUUUUAUUCACUUAGAGAAUAAAGGAUCCUAUUACAACAAUAAUGGGAUACUGCGAGUUAAAAACUUGAAAUGAAAAUACAUUAUUUAGAAAAAUAAAAUUUAGUACAGUUUUUUAACCUUAGGAAUUAAUUUUUCAUUUCGUAAUUAUGAGCAAUACCCUUCAGGAAUUCAAUAUGCUCUGAUGACUCAACUUCCAUUACUAUUUUUUUUAUUCUUUCAUCAGCAUUUCUAUAUUUCUUUAGCUUUUCAACUUCUACUUUUGCAGCAGAUGGUUCAUGGGUAUGUUGAUUCAACUGGCGAAUCACUUUUCCAUCCUUCACAUUUAAUUUUACUUUACACCGAUCUUUCUGUUCACAUCGCCAGAAUUUUAAUUCAGAAUCACUCUUGCUUGUUGCAUCAAAAAUAAAAAGGUAUCCAUCGUGAAUCACUUUGCUUCUUCCACGUUUUGUUAAAAUAUCUCCUUCCAUUUCGUACAAUAGGGCUUAGACGACUGAAAAUUCUAAAGCUACCAAAAAGUAAAUGUAAACAAAAAAAAAAAAACAAUUGUUCAAUUGUUGAACAAUUGUUAAAAUGAGAGCUAAUUGCGCUAUAACGACGAAGUAUCUAUUUGAUGGCUAAAUGUCAUUUGACGCCUAACAGUCUCUCCGCCGAAAAUUUCUAUGGGCCGUAUCCAGAAAUCAUACGUUCGCAUUUGUCAACACGAAGGCGAUCGCGGUAGUAUGGUCUCAAACGAAGGGUUGUCGUGGUAUCCAGAAAUCGUACGACGGCCGAACUCCCAUCGCAUUGCCUCACUGGUUAAACAGGCUUACCAACAUAUGCGAUUACUGGGAAUGAAAUGACUGGAAUCGAUGAUUACAAGGCUGUAUCAGUAUCAUAGACAAUUUCUUUUAUUACCAUAAUGCUAAAUUAAAAUGGCUUUAUGUCUUUAUUAUUUAUUAUAAAAAGAUACUACAUAUCUGUAGUAUAUUUUGUAUACUUGAUAUUGGCUGUCCUGAUUUGGCGCGGAAAUCUGAACAAACAGUUACCGCUAGCAAUCUACGCAACUCACCAAGUUACGAAGAUACCGGAAUAUGGAGCGUGCACCCCCAGUAGCUGAUUCUCAGCGUUUAAUGCUGCUUAAUUUGAUAAAGGAACAUGAGUGUGUUAUCAACGACCGAUCGACGGGAAGUAGAACUUUGGAGAGAAAACGUCAGGCAUGGAAAGAAGUUACUUUGAAGUUCAACGCCAUGUAUCCAGACCAACCUCCACGGUCAUCAAAGCAGGUCAAGCGCUGUUUCGACCACGUAAAACGCAAAGUGAAGCAGGAAGAUGCUGCUGUCAAGAAAAAGCUAUGCAGAACUGGUGGUGGUCCUCCACCAGAUCUUCGAAACCACUCAGAAGAGUUUGUGAUAGCUGCAUCGCUGAUGACAGAAGAAUUGGUCAUGGAUAAAGACGUUUUUGAAACAUUUCAUCCAGUUGAUGAAACAGGAGAGCCCAUACAUGAUGUUAAAAUAAGUAUUACGGAGCCACUGCCUUCAACCUCUCAUUUGCCUUCAACCUCAGCACAAUCAGAAAGUGGUGUUUCGUCUAAUCAUGAAUCAAGAUCCACAUUCCUUAAUCGGUCAGCUACGUCAUCACCGUCUUCAAUGGAACACUUAAUUUUUAAACCCAUAGUUCCCCAUGAACCUUCCCGUCCUUCAACGCCUAUUGUAACUCCAGGCAGAACUUCACCAAAAUUGCGCAACACAUCACGGGACGUAUCUCCAAUACCUCGGUCUUCUACACCCACAGAGGAAGCACAUUCUUCACCCAAAAAAUUGAAGUUAGACGAUGCAUACAUCAAGUGUAGGGAAAGACAAGAGGAACUGCAUCAUCUCAGAAUGGAAAAUGAAAAGGAGCAACAUAUAAUGGCCAAAAAAGAGCAUGAACAAAAGGUGAAAUUAAUUAACAAUAUGAAUGAAUUUGUGGAUGAAAUGCACUCAUCAGCAAUGACUGUGUUUGCUAAAUUGAAUGCUUUUCUUGACAGUGCAAAAUCUGCCUAUGAAGCAAUGCGCAACUCAUAUGAAUAAAGUAGGUAUUGGUUGUUGGUUGGUUUAUGGAAUUUACCCUUAUUGCUAGGGUUACAGUAGGUGUUAUUUCCAUAGAUCAAGUUGUUUUUGCUUUUAGGAAAGAAAAAUGACUCCACUGAUAGGUGUGUUUGUUAAAUGAAGGUUUCAUCAUAUGGUUAGCAAUUAACUUUAUCAUUUCUGUAAUGCUGAAUGGCCAUAGUUGCCCCAUUGAUUGGCAUUAUGCCUAAAUUCCAUAAACCAAACCAACCCCAUUUCAUAUUUUUCUUUGCUGUGAUGUAGUGUUAGUAUAUAUUUUAUUUUUUACCUAUGAUAUAUGAAGGUGCUCUCAUGAAUCAGGUGUUCCUAUUUGUAAGUUAGUUAAUUGAUACCAAACAGUACAAUGUAUACUUCCAAAUAAUCAUUUCUUAGUUUGUAUGCUGUUACAUAGGUUUAAUAUGUCCAUUUGCAUCGUGAUAUUAGGUAUUAUAUAAUACUGUAGUGCUUUAAUGAAUCUGAUGAUAAGAGAAAUUAGGUAUCGAGUAUCAUAUAUGUCCAUUUGCAUCUUGAUAUUAGGUAUCAUAUUAUUUUCAUGAAUCUGAUAAGUGAAAUUAGGUAUUGAGUAUCAUGCAUUACAUGGUUUACUUCGAAAUUAUAUUUUCUGAAUUGGUAGCCUAUGCUGUGAUAGGGAUAAUAUGUACACAGGAUAAUUUAUCAGUGUUUAGAACUUAUUAGGGCUAUUUUAAUAUUUUAUUGUCCCCCUUAUUACUUUGGCCAUAUUUUUACUUAAAGAUUGAUAUAUUUACUUAAAGAUUGCCCUCACCUUCUGCAGGACACUGGCUCUUGCAUUGGCAGCCCGUUAUGAUAUAAUUCUUAAACCAAUGUUUCUGAAUAAUGUAUAUUAGACAUCAUAAGUAAAGGUCUAAAUAAUGGUGCUAUGAUUUGACCUGAACCACAGGUCCAGAUAGCUAUGAUUUAACCUGAAUCACAAGUUGUAUUCAAAUUUUUUU